AUGUCCACCAAAGCGACAAGUCUCUCAGCAGAAGAGAUUCUUCGCCAUCCCGCAUACAAGACGACGCAAUGGGAUCUUAAACCCAGGCUAUCGGGAUUCGCGACAGUGGCCGAGUCCCGCCCAGGUGGGCCAUUCCCUAUGUGGUACGAAGUUCACGGCCGAGGACCAAAGAAAAUUGUCUGGAUCAUGGGCCUCGGUGGUAGCCGGAACCUGUGGAAGCGUCAGAAUCGACACUUUGGGCAUCUGCGUGGCGAGGAGUACAGCUCCCUUGUCUUCGAUAAUCGCGGGGUGAGCAAGUCGGCCAAGCCAAAUUGCAGGUACAGCACCUUGGAUAUGGCAAAGGACCUCGUCGAACUGCUGAGGCACAUUGGCUGGCUCAAAACUGAUUCUCAUUACUACCCGCGAGACUUGAACAUUGCAGGAAUCAGCUUAGGUGGCAUGAUUGCGCAAGAACUUGCCCUUCUGAUACCUCAACGUUUGCAAUCGCUGAUCCUCAUCUCUACGGCUCCCCGCCUGAUUCGAACCGUUCACACAUUCGAGCAUAUGAAACAACGAGUCGCCAUGUUUCUUCCCACAGCAGUUGACGUAGAGCUCAAGAACAAGGCCAGUAGGCUGUUCACUAGGAGUUAUCUCAAUGCGCCGGACACCGGAUCACUGGACCCAGAAAAAACAUUUCCCACCAACCUUGACCGCUUUGUGGCAGAGGAACUCGCAGAGCGUUGCGAAGAUACCGACUUUUCUCGGAGAAAAGGCGUCGUGCUACAGGCUAUUGCCGCUGGAUGGCACCACAAGAGCGACGCAGAUCUCGCAAGAAUAGGGGACGAAGUAGGCAGGACCCGAAUCUUGGUGAUGCACGGGACUUUUGACGAAACCAUUACCUUUCCGCAUUUUGAGCUAAUCAAGGCUGCGUUGGGAGACGGGCCGGAGUACAUUGCUUGGAAAGACUGUGGCCAUGUGCCGUUGUGGGAAAGAGAGGAGGAAUUCAACGAGACCGUAAGACUGUUCAUUGACAAGACAAUUGCAGUUUCGGCCAGGCGUGGGUUGCACCGCACAUAUGACGGAACUAAUCCCAUUCGUCUUUUGAGUGAUCCGUCGUGGGACCUCUGGAAAUUGGGAACGGCAGCAGGGGCCGUAACCCCGCAACUCUUCAAAGUGAUGCCUAUCCAGUCAAUCAUCACUGAAGUUCUAGCCAGUAAUUGGCAUCAUGACCUUGUUGGAAAUGGAGACUUUGCGUUCAAUUUUGACAUCACAGGUACGCAAUCGUUGGUACCUUUCAACACACUUUCCAGCUGGGGAUGGCAUAAGGAUGCGUUGCCACAAAACGGAGAAAAGCUGGAAGAAUAUGCGGGCGUCCCUGUAGUUACGCAUGGAAGAGAAGUUGUCUACGACCUUGAAGAUCCGAAGCUGCCAGAAAUAUCGAAAUGGUUGAGUGCUAACCCCAACCGCAUCAAUCUUGGCCGCAUCAGCUUGAGUUACAAGAACGAGACGCUAUCAUCGAUCACGGAACCCCGCCAAGUCCUUGACCUCUGGAACGGUGUUACUACUUCGUCGUUCAAGGUCGAUGGUGAGGAUGUGAAAGUGGUUACUCAAGGAGAUUUUGACACCGAAUCCGUUACUUUCGACAUCGAGUCCGUAUUGAUCUUUGAAGGAACCCUUCGAGUCGAAUUUGACUUUCCGUUUCCUCCGAUCCACAAGGUUGAGAAGACAUCAGACUUUGAGGUGUUCAUGGGGAGCUACCAAUUCCCGGACAAUCACACUACUUCUAUUAUUAAACCCGGAGUUGAUUCUGAUGACACAGCUCAUAUCCAUCACACAAUGCAAGAAACGUCAUACUACCAGAACUUGCGGUGGCCCAAGGAAACACCAUUGACUUUGAGGAGAAUUGGGAAACAGGAUUCUAACACGACUAAUGCGCAUCGCUAUGGACUGUUCCCAGCCGCCUCCGGAAAAAAUGUCACCAGAGCGAAUGGAGUGUCCUUCACUGCCCAGUAUAAUCUCAAGCUUCAAAGACCGUCACUGCCCUCCUCAAUUCGCCGGCGAAACAGUCUUGAUUGGCAGAGGUACUGGAAAGAAGGGGGGUUUGUAGAUCUCACCCAGUCGUCAAACCCAAACGCGACGGAGCUCCAGCGACGCAUCAUACUCUCCCAAUACGCGAUGAGGAUCAACAGCGCAGCCACUGGCCAGCCACCACAGGAAAGUGGUCUGGUGUAUAACGGGUGGUGGGGCAAGUUUCACAUGGAGAUGGUCGUUUGGCAUUGUGCUCAUUGGGCGACUUGGGGAAGAUCAAAAUACUUUGAUCGGAUAUUCCCUGCUGUCUAUGAGGAUCUCCUGCCUAGCGCUGAGGCAAGAGCCCGUCGCAUGGGAUGGGAUGGCGCAAGAUGGCCCAAGAUGACGGAGCUUGUUACCAAGGGUAUCGCUCCUGGAGAGACCAGGGCGUAUCUUCAAUGGCAGCAGCCACACCCCAUCUAUCUUGCCGAACUAGCCUACAAAGCCAACCAAAGCAGGGAGACUCUCCAACGAUGGGACCGUACCAUCACGUCAACUGCCCAGUACAUGGCAUCGUUCGCUUGGUUCAACAACGCGAGUGGCAAAUAUGAUUUAGGACCACCUAUUCAGGGUGUCACGGAGAAUUCGUCCCCUACAGAGAUUUCUAACUUGGCCUACGAGCUUGCUUACUGGCAAUGGGCUCUCAAUGCAGCGUGCAACUGGAAAAAGAGACUUGAACAAGAUUGCCCCUCAGCGUGGUCUAGAGUGGCACAGAAUAUGGCAUCCCCUCCUGAGUAUGAUGGCCUGUUCGCUCCCUGGAUUGGCGGCGGCGUAAAUGCAUCCUGGUGGGACAACCCUCAGCUCAACAAAGAUCCUAGAAGCGUCAUCAUGUUGCAAGGCAUGGUACCCGACACCCCACUGAUGCAUAAGGUGAACGCAGAAGUCGGUGUUAGAACUGCAGACAAGGUAUGGGAUGUGUGGGGUGACGCCCAAAUUCGAGGCUGGGGCCGAAACGUAUUGGCCAUCAACUCGGCGCGUAUCGGGAACCCAGAGCGAGCCAUAUACCACCUAACUAAUUUCGGUUACUGGACGUUCGGUGAUCAAGGUUUUGCUCAUAGGUCUGGUCCAAGUCCAUCUCCACCGCCCUAUUUUCCUGGAAACGGGGGGUUCCUCUUAGCGAUCGGAUAUAUGGCAGCGGGAUGGGAAGGCUCCGAAGGGCACGCACCUGGGUUUCCGAAAGACGGAACUUGGGUUGUCAAGCAUGAGGGAAUGGUCCAGGCUCUCUGA